CCAGAUGCAGAACGUCAUGUAUGACUUAAUCACAGAGCUCAACGAUCGGAGUGAGGACCUGGAAAAGCAGAUUGGGAGCCUGGAGUCCAAGCUGGAGCACCUCACGGCCAGCUUCAACUCCCUGCCCGUGCUCAUCGCGGACACACUGCGCCAGCAGCAGCAGCAGCUGCUCUCGGCCAUCAUCGAGGCCCGAGGCGUCAGCGUGGCAGUGGGCACCACCCACACCCCACUCUCCGACAGCCCGAUCGGGGUGCCUCUCCUUGGAAGCAGGAAGCUGAGAUGACAGGAAGCGACACCUCUGGCAGGGCCCUUGCUGCAGAGCUGGUGGAGAACAGAAAUCCACGCUCAAUCUCAGGUGUUCACAGCGGGAGUGGGAGCCACAUGCGCUGACGCGGCUAGCAGUGAACCGCCCAGAGAGGGUCCCGCUGGGGGAGGGGGCGUGUGAGGCUUGGGGAGUGGGCUCCUCACCACUGGGGUCCUCGAGCACACCUCUCUCUUUUCCUUUUGUCUGAGGGAGCCGCUGGAUGGCAAAAGGAAAAGAGAGCUGCCCACAACUUGCCAAAAACAGUCAUUCUUUCCUUCCAAACCUUAUACAAUCAUAAAGCCCAAUUGAGAUGG